AUGUACCGAAGGUACUCCGAGAUCAUGGCUGAACGAGAGCGAGCAAACGCCACGCAGUUCAUCAAAAAGAAGGUGACACCGACAGUCCCCGAUGAGCCGGCUUUCUUAAAGCACGUCACCACCCGCACACCGGUCUAUGCCUUCAACGAAGCCAUUCAUGACCGUCCUCUCAAUGAUAUGGGCAAGGCGUAUGUUACUAUGGCGCCUGCGAGAAAGAAGGACCAAGCUGCUAGCUCCAAGCGGGAGGCCGAGAAGCAAACCACAGCUUAA